CCUUUCUUUAUUCUGCCCUCUUCUGCUCGCCGGUGUGUGGUAACCUCUCACGUUUGUCAUUUUUUUUUUCUUUCUUGUCAAUCACCGCUUAGGAAAUGAGUGGGGACCAUUCCCACAACGAGGACCAGAUUGACUGUGGCUCUCGGGUCAACGCGGCCUGACGACUGCAAGCUGAACCCAGAGGUGUACAUGCCUGCAUGGCUCAGAGGGCGCCCCAUCUCGCCUCCACCACGGUACACUCAGCAAGAUGAUACUCCCACAGGCAUAAAUAUAAAGAACACAAACACAAGGACCACAAGAAGGAUAAGGAACGGGAGAAACUAAAGCAUGGAAAUGGUGACCACUCGUCUGACAAAAAACAUCGAGACAAAGAUAAGGACAAGUUGAAGCACAAAGAUGGCAGCACAGACAAAUUUAAGGACAAGCACAAGGAGAAGAAGAUGAAAAUCCUUGAUGGUAAAAUUAAAAAGGAGAAAGAGAAUGGAUUUGCCAGCCCACUACAUUUGAAGUGUGAGCCUGACGAUGACUUGUACCACUCCCCUAAACACGACAAGUCUCUUAAGAGGCAGCGAGAUGACGAUGAAGAUUAUGAUUUUAAGCCCAAAAAAGUAAAGACUGAAAAUGACAAGAAGGACAAGAAAAGGAAACAAAUUGAGGACGUAAAGCCUAAAAAGACAAAAGAUAAAAAAGGAGAAACUGCUGAUGGAAAAAAGAAAGCAAAAAAGGAACCAGAAGAGAAGUGGAAAUGGUGGGAAGAAGAGCGAUACACAGAUGGUGUCAAGUGGAAGUUUCUGGAACACAAAGGACCUGUGUUUGCCCCACCAUAUGAGCCCCUCCCUAGCAAAGUCCAUUUUUACUAUGAUGGUAAGCCAAUGAAGCUCAGUCCAGAGGCAGAAGAGGUAGCCACAUUCUUUGCCAAAAUGCUGGACCAUGAGUACACCACAAAGAACAUCUUUCUCAAAAACUUUUUUAAAGAUUGGCGGAAAGAAAUGACCACAGAGGAAAAGGCUAAGAUCACAGACUUGAAGAAGUGCAACUUCUCUGAGAUGUCUGACUACUUCAAGGCUCAGUCUGAAGCAAGAAAGGCAAUGUCCAAGGAAGAGAAAUUGAAAAUAAAGGCAGAGAAUGAGCGCCUCUUACAGGAGUACGGCUUCUGCAUCAUGGACAACCACAGGGAACGUAUUGCUAACUUCCGCAUUGAGCCACCUGGCCUGUUCCGUGGUCGUGGAGACCAUCCUAAAAUGGGCAUGCUGAAACGUCGGAUCAGACCUAAAGACAUCAUCGUCAACUGCAGCAAGGACUCCAAGCACCCACAGCCUCCUCCGGGAACAAAGUGGAAAGAGGUUCGUCAUGAUAACAAGGUGACAUGGCUGGUGUCGUGGACUGAGAACAUCCAAGGUUCUAUCAAGUACAUCAUGUUGAACCCCAGCUCAAGGAUCAAGGGAGAAAAGGACUGGCAAAAGUAUGAAACAGCCCGUAGACUAAAGAAAUGCGUGGACCGCAUCAGGACCCAGUAUCGCGAUGACUGGAAGUCCAAGGAGAUGAGGAUCCGACAGAGGGCCGUAGCGCUUUACUUCAUUGAUAAGUUGGCUCUGAGAGCAGGUAACGAGAAAGAGGAAGGUGAGACCGCCGACACGGUGGGCUGCUGCUCCCUGAGGGUGGAACACCUCAAACUCUAUCCAGAGAAUGACGGUCAAGAGUAUGUCGUGGAGUUUGACUUUCUGGGUAAAGAUUCCAUCCGAUAUUACAACAAAGUCCCUGUGGAAAAAAGGGUUUUUAAAAAUCUACAGUUGUUCAUGGAGAACAAAGAGCCAGAUGACGACCUGUUUGAUCGCCUGAACACUUCAAUUCUCAACAAGCACCUUCAAGAGCUGAUGGACGGUCUGACAGCCAAAGUUUUCCGUACAUACAACGCAUCGAUCACCUUGCAACAGCAGCUCAAAGAGCUUACAAAUGCGGAUGAGAAUGUUCCAGCCAAGAUCCUGUCGUACAACAGGGCCAACAGAGCUGUGGCCAUCCUGUGUAACCACCAGAGGGCUCCACCUAAGACGUUUGAGAAGUCCAUGCAGAACCUGCAGACUAAGAUUGAAGCUAAAAGGGACCAGCUGUGUGAUGCUAAAAGAGAGCUGAAGAGUGCCAAGGCUGAUGCCAAAGUACGGAGGGAUGAAAAAUCCAAGAAGGCUGUCGAGACGAAGAAGAAGGCCGUCCAGAGGAUAGAAGAGCAGCUGAUGAAGCUGGAAGUGCAGGCGACCGAUCGUGAGGAGAACAAGCAAAUUGCGCUCGGCACUUCGAAGCUCAACUAUCUCGACCCCCGCAUCUCUGUGGCUUGGUGUAAGAAAUGGGGCAUUCCCGUUGAGAAGAUCUACAACAAAACCCAGCGCGAGAAGUUCGCUUGGGCCAUCGACAUGGCAGACGAUGACUUUGAAUUUUAAUUCCAGGUUAUGGUUUUAACUCUACUUUUUAAUCGGAUACUUCUUUUUACUAUACUGAAUUUUUCUUGAUGGACUGACCCGAUAAGGUUUUGGCAGGAAAAAAAGAUGAGAUGAGGCCACAUUUGAGUGGUAGUUUAAACAUCUGAUCUGCGAUCAGGCAUCCAGCUGAACUGAGCAUCAAGGCAUAGUGCCAGUAGUCGGAUUGCUCCCUCACCUUUUUCUCCCUGUGACGAUGCCUGAACUUUGAACUCUGUGGUCUUUUUGCUUGCGUAUUAAGCAAAAAAACAAGAAAAUGCUUUGUAUCAUUAUAUCUUCAUUCACUGUUUUUUGUUUUAGCCCCUUCAUGUAUUAUGAAUGAAUCUAUAUUUUGAUAAAAGUCAAAUCAAAUGAAUUCCUUAAUACCACCCACAGGCCUUUUGAGGACAAUGACAAGUGUGUGUGUGCGUGUGUGCGCGUGUGCGUUAGCGGGCCCGACCUUAAAAGCUGUCUGUUUAGGGUGAUUAUUUUAAACUGGACUAUUUAAAAUGGUGUUUAGCAUACAGAUAUCUGGGAAGUGGGCAGGCUUUUGGGGGUUGGAGUAACACUGCAACCAUGUCAACAUUUACUUAAGCAAGCAGAAUGUGAAUAUAUGUUUUAAAGCCUUUCAAUCAGGGACUUCUUUUUUCAGUGUAAAUGUGAACCAAUCAUUUUGAUCCUGUCACUUGCGAGCCCCCAUCCCCUGAAGCUGCUACUCAGCCCCCAAAGUCUACACCUGAGUUGAACUUAAUUUGUUCCUAGAAAAAGAAUCUCCCCUGUUACUUGAAUUCAAUGUAUUUAAGUCUGUAAAAGGAAAGUGUUUCUCAUUGGAGAAGAGUGUGUGAGGGAUAUCAACUUUGCCAAAAAAUAAUCACCAAUCUGUUACAAUUUUAGGUAGAUAAUUGUGUAAAGAAUGAGGUUAAAGCAAUGUAACAUUUUAAUGUGAAUUCAUUUUAUUCCACUCUUAUGAUAGGAAAGUUGAUGUAAGUAGUUGUAAAGUCAACAUCCUAUUCCUGUUUUACCUUUUUGUCCUAGCAUUUGAUCAUGUUAAGUUGUAUGCGCAUUGUAGGUUAAGAAUAUAAAUAAAAACCCUACACACGAAAA